GGCUUGUCCUUAGAACUGACAUCGCAGCAGAGUGGAUAUUCAGGUUUUCAAUAAUUGUGAUCGCUGAUGAAGCCAGAGUCGCUCGUGGUGGGCCGAGCACUAUUUGUGAAUGACGGCAAGGCUGUGGGCUGGUUGUCUCGAGCAAAAAUAUAAAUUCUUGAGGCAUCGAGCCAUGCUUUCCACAGUCGACGCUAAGCAAUCGCUGGAAUACUUUCUGAACUUGCCUCAGCCGAAGGACCGUAUCCAAUGCACUUACAUUUGGAUCGACGGUACCGGGGAAGGUCUCCGAUGUAAAACCAGAACCGUGUACAGCGAGCCAGAGAAACCAGAAGAGCUGCCGAUAUGGAACUUCGAUGGAUCGUCCACAGGCCAAUCCGACGGAGCCAAUUCCGAUGUGUAUCUGUAUCCCGUCGCCAUGUUCAAGGAUCCUUUCCUUCGGGGACCGAACAAACUGGUCAUGUGCGAAACAUACACUUGGGAGAGAAAACCUCAUGCGACCAACAAACGGAGAUCCUGCAAAGAAGCUAUGGAUCGAUGCGCGGACCAGAAGCCUUGGUUCGGCAUCGAGCAGGAGUAUACCCUCCUAGACACCGACAACCAUCCAUACAUGUGGCCAAAGCAAGGUUUCCCAGGGCCUCAAGGACCCUACUAUUGCGGCGUGGGAGCGAACAAAGUGUACGGGAGAGAUUUGGUCGAAGCUCACUAUAGAGCGUGUCUCUACGCCGGAAUCAACGUUUCCGGGACGAAUGCCGAAGUCAUGCCGGCCCAGUGGGAAUACCAGGUAGGGCCUUGCGAGGGGAUCGCAAUCGGGGACCAACUCUGGGUUUCGCGUUACAUCCUUCAAAGAUGUGCCGAAGACUUCGGAAUAGUGGUGACUUUCGAUCCAAAACCGAUGGUCGGUGAUUGGAAUGGCGCAGGAUGCCACACGAAUUUCUCGACUCUCGCCAUGAGGCAACCGGACGGGCUGAGAGAAAUCCACACGGCCAUCGACAAACUCAGCAAGAAACAUCUCGAGCACAUCCGUGCCUACGACCCGAACGGAGGCAAGGACAACGCUAGACGAUUGACUGGGCGUCACGAAACUUCUUCACUAAAUGAGUUCUCGUUCGGUACCGCGAACCGUAGCAGCUCGAUAAGGAUCCCUCGCCAGUGUGCCGAAGAUGGCUUCGGAUAUUUCGAAGAUCGUCGACCGGCCUCGAAUUGCGAUCCGUACGCCGUUUCUGAGAUGAUGGUCAGGACUGUUUGUUUAGAUGAAUGA